UGUUAUUAUUAUUAUUUCCGGGAUUUUUGCUCUCCUCACGCAGAACAAGUACCUGCUAUUUCACAUCGAUUCACCACAGCCACGCAGGACACGAUGGACUUUAGUAUCCGCGCCGCUAACGUGGAAGACUGCAAGGACAUCGCGCGGAUGAUCAUGGAAUUAGCAGAAUAUGAGAAAGUAACGGAGCAUGUGAAGGUCACACAGAGAGACUUGGAGCAGGACGGUUUCUCCAAGAACCCAUUCUUCCAAGGAAUUAUUGCGGAGGUACCGGAGCAGCACAAAAGCAGUGAAGGUCAUGUGAAGAUAGGCUAUGCACUUUACUUCUAUGCCUACAGUUCAUGGUCAGGCAGAGCUUCUUAUAUGGAGGACUUGUACGUGAUGCCGGAGUUUAGAGGGAAGGGCAUUGGCAAAGCGCUUAUGAGCAAGGUGGCACAGCUGAGUCUGGCUGCCGGCUGCAAACAGCUCAAUUUUACCGUUCUGAACUGGAACAAAUCAUCACUGGAUUUUUACAUCAGCCAAGGCUGUUUUGAUGUCACGGAAAAAAUGGGCUACCACUGUAUGCGCUGUGAGGAGGAGGCACUGCAAAACCUGGCCCAACCCUAAUCUACCAGCUGGGCUCCUGACUUUGUGCUAAUGAGGUCGACCUCUCAGACUUAAUGGUGAUGAAACACAAAUUCAAGGGGGAAAAAAAUUAUUAAGUAAUUAUCUGUUCAUAAGCACUGCCCCCACUUCAUUACUGUCAGGCUAGGCAAUAGUAUUGCUGUGUGUUUACACUAGGUAACGUGUAAUUUAAAUGUGUCACAUGACAAAAUGACAUCAUACAAAUUCAAUGCAAAGAUCAUAC